AUGUCGCAUUUAUUAUAUGCGUUCUUUCGAAUCUUCAUUUUCAUAUUUUAUGAAUAUGUCAUCAGUGAACCAACAACAAGAGUGGAGACACAAUGUGGACUCGUGGAAGGAAAAUAUAAUGGUGAAGGAUAUGCCUUUCGUGGCAUUCCAUACUCACUGCCGCCCACUGGAAGUAGACGAUGGAAGCCGCCUGUUCCACUCAACAAGGCGUCUGGAAACUGUUGGGAUGGAAAAUUUCAAGCUUUUGACUAUGGAAAUACAUGUAUGCAGAGAAAUCCGGAGAACCCGUCAGCUAUUCUUGGAAGUGAGGAUUGUCUUUACCUCAAUGUAUGGACACCAACUGUAAAUAGUAGCGCUAAUCUACACGUGAUGGUCUGGAUCCACGGAGGAUAUUUACAAGAGCUUAGCGGAAACUGGCCAACUUAUUGCCCCUCAGAGGAACUAGCACGUGACACUAACAUAGUUUAUGUGAGUAUGAACUAUCGCCUCAACGCGUUUGGAUUCAUGGCCCUGACCAUGUUAUCACAGCAGUCACCGACCAACACCUCUGGUAACUACGGAUUCAUGGACCAAAUCCUGGCCCUCAGAUGGGUUCGGGAUAAUGUCAGGAACUUUGGUGGAAACCCAGAUUCAGUCACGAUAUUUGGACAAAGCUCUGGAGGAACAAGUAUAAUAGCAUUGUUGGCUUCGGAACCGGCCAGAGGUUUGUUCCACAAAGCGUGGAUGCUUAGUGCCUCACCAGUCUUCAACAAAACAUCACAGGACGCUUCCAAAGAUAAUCUUGUCUUCUUGAAAAAUACCGGCUGUACAAAUAUAACGUGUUUGUGUGCCCUUCCGGGUCCAGAAAUCGUCAAAGCUGUACCAUGGGAUGUGUUUCCAUAUUGGGGAAUGACUGACCUAGGUGACCUUCCAAUAAAAGGCCACUUUGAUGGCGCAGUAGCAGUUGUAGACGGUAAAGAUUAUUCGGAGAUGCUGUCACGUAUCCCCCUUACCAUGCUUGGGAACAAGGUCUCGCUAUAG